CACAGCGGUACUUCAAGGGCAGUCCUCUCCUCGAUAACAGAAGUAGGCGAGAAUGGCUGGCUUCCGGAAAAUGCUUGCCUUGGUGUAGACGCCUGAGAUGGAAUCGCGCAUAACCAAUUUCUGUCCAUGACCAUUGCAGUUUCAAGACCCACGAUCAGAGGUUCCCAGUUCGAGACAGAUAGCGGCCCAAGACAUAAGCUGAACGAAGCUGAGCCUCUACGAAAGGCCAUGGUAUCCUUUCUCCGCACCCGACCAAGACAGUCUGGGGGUGAGCUAGGGCGUGGUAUUGGGUAUGUCGGCCAAUCGAGCCAUCAUCAUCCUUUACCGUAUGGGUUUUUCUUUACCCAACCACGACGCGAAGGCUUAGAUGAACUCUGUUCCCCUCUCCUCCCCACCAUAAUUACGCGGACGACGGACGACGGGAAUCUGUCCCAUGAUUUUGGCACCUCCCACCAACCAUUCAACCCUUCUGACGAUUUUGAACCAAAAAAAGCGAGCGGAGAUGAAAGGCAGAUAUUGGAAAUACCCCCCAAAACAUAAAGAGAUUUUGAAACGACGGGUGAUGCAGAUGCAGGUAUGAGUUGUCCUGCAAGACAUUAGGCCACGUCAGAUCUACAAAGUACAAGCCAGUCUUACUUACGUCCCUCUUAUCAAAGAGGGCACCUGCU